CGGCAGAAGCCCUCGGUGAAGAAAUGGAGGUCGCCGGAGGUGAAGGACGGUUUUGUUGAUGGGCAACCCAGCCUGGGCCCGCCCCCCGCUCGCGUUGCUAGGAGACGACGAGGCCAGGGGGAGGGCGGCGGAGCGGGCCGUACGUGCUGACGCUAAUUGUAUAUGAGCGCGAGCGGCGGGCUCUCGGGUCUUUUUAGCGCCAUCUGUUCGCGGCGCCGCCUCCCGCUCCUCCCGCUGCCGCUGCCGGCCUGAGUCACUGCCUGCGCAGCUUCGGCCGCCUGGCUCCCCGAACUAGCCUCCGGUAUUUGGAGAUCUUAACAACAUGGCAGACGUUGACAACAAAGAACAGUGUGAACUUGAUCAAGAUUUGGAUGAUGUUGAAGAAGUAGAAGAAGAAGAAACUGGUGAAGAAACAAAAAUCAAAGCGCGUCAGCUGACUGUUCAGAUGAUGCAAAAUCCUCAGAUUCUUGCAGCCCUUCAAGAAAGACUUGAUGGUCUGGUAGAAACACCAACAGGAUACAUUGAAAGCUUGCCUAGGGUAGUUAAAAGACGAGUGAAUGCUCUGAAAAAUCUUCAAGUUAAAUGUGCACAGAUAGAAGCCAAAUUCUAUGAGGAAGUUCAUGAUCUUGAGAGGAAGUAUGCUGUUCUCUAUCAACCUCUAUUUGACAAGCGAUUUGAGAUUAUUAAUGCGAUUUACGAACCUACGGAAGAAGAAUGUGAAUGGAAAGCAGAUGAAGAAGAUGAAAUUUCGGAGGAGCUGAAAGAAAAGGCCAAGAUUGAAGAUGAGAAAAAGGAUGAAGAAAAAGAAGAUCCCAAGGGAAUUCCUGAAUUUUGGUUGACUGUUUUUAAGAAUGUUGACUUGCUCAGUGAUAUGGUUCAGGAACACGAUGAACCUAUCCUGAAGCACUUGAAAGAUAUUAAAGUCAAAUUCUCAGAUGCUGGCCAGCCUAUGAGUUUUGUCUUAGAAUUUCACUUUGAACCCAAUGAAUAUUUCACAAACGAAGUGUUGACAAAGACAUAUAGGAUGAGGUCAGAACCGGAUGAUUCUGAUCCCUUUUCUUUUGAUGGACCAGAAAUUAUGGGUUGUACAGGGUGCCAGAUAGAUUGGAAAAAAGGAAAGAAUGUCACUUUGAAAACCAUUAAGAAAAAGCAGAAACAUAAGGGACGUGGGACAGUUCGUACUGUGACUAAAACUGUUUCCAAUGACUCCUUCUUUAAUUUUUUUGCACCUCCUGAAGUUCCUGAAAGUGGAGAUCUGGACGAUGAUGCUGAAGCUAUUCUUGCUGCAGACUUUGAAAUUGGUCACUUUUUACGUGAGCGUAUAAUCCCAAGAUCAGUGUUAUACUUUACUGGAGAAGCUAUUGAAGAUGAUGACGAUGAUUAUGAUGAAGAAGGUGAAGAAGCAGAUGAGGAAGGGGAAGAAGAAGGAGAUGAGGAAAAUGAUCCAGACUAUGACCCGAAGAAGGAUCAAAAUCCAGCAGAGUGCAAGCAGCAGUGAAGCAGGAUGUAUGUGGCCUUGAGGAUAAUCUGCACUGGUCUGCCUUCUGCUUCCCUGGAAAGGAUGAAUUUACAUCUUUUGACAAGCCUAUUUCAAGUUUUUUGUUCUUGUUUGUUUGUUUGCUUGUUUUUGUUUUUGCAGUCUACAAUAAAAAUGUCAAAUACA